AUGUGUGAUGAUGUUUUAUGGAAUUUUUUAAUGCCAGAUCUACAACCUAACCAAUUCCAUCCAAGAUUAAAAACCAUUGACUCAAAAUUAAUCACUUUGAAACAUGCCUCUUUGAUCGCCACUUGGAUUGACCGUAAAGAAGGCAAGCCUUAUAAACAUACCGAUAUUCCAUAUGACUUCUCUUUACUUAUGCGUGGUUCACGUGAUGGAUAUUCUCAACAGACUCUUCAUCAACGUUGCGGCGGUCAAGCUAAAACCAUAAUGCUAAUGAAAAUAAAAUCUACUGAAGAAAUAUUUGGAAUGUAUAUCUCUAACAUUUGGAGUAAUACUUCUAGUGCAAGAUCUCAUGAUAGUUUUAUGUUUUCUUUUGGUGAAGGGAGAGAUACUAAAGAUCCCGUGCUAAGUCGUGUACGUGCUGCGGGCUACGAUCUUGCUUUAAGUAGAGGUCAAGAGAGAGGAAUGGACGAAUUAGAAAUGUUCAAAAUUUCUCCAAAAACGGUCUUUAUGUUAUGA